CAAGGUAAUUAUAAAUUAAUCGCUUAAUCAUGUCGAAUGAAGUAGAUGAGAUUAUGAAAAGGAUCCAGUCGUACAAAGGAGUUGUUGGAACGAUUGUGGUGACCAGCGAAGGCAUUCCGAUUAAAACAACGAUGGACAAUACGACCACUGUACAGUACGCUGGCUUAGUUAGUCAUUUGGCUGAUAAAGCACGAAGUGUCGUUCGAGAUUUGGAUCCCACUAACGAUCUGACUUUCUUACGUGUCAAGUCGAAGAAACACGAAAUAAUGGUCGCUCCUGAUAAAGAUUUUAAAAUAAUUACUAUUCAAUAUCCAGCCGAAUAAGCUGUAUUUUGUAUCGUUACGCGAGUUAUAUGCAAUAAGUCUCUAUUCGAAUAUUAAUAAACUGUUCUUAUCGCA